GUGUAUUAUUGCAUUUACGUGUCUGCUGAAAAACAUUAGCCUUAACAUAUGCUUCCUCACAUGGUUCGAGCGCAUCAGUAUCAUGGUGAUCCUGCUGAACUGCGUCACUCUGGGAAUGUACCAGCCCUGCGAGAACAUCGACUGCACCUCAGAGCGCUGUCAGGUUCUACAGGCAUUUGAUGCAUUUAUCUACAUUUUCUUUGCACUGGAGAUGGUGGUGAAGAUGGUGGCUCUAGGGAUCUUUGGCCAUCGCUGUUAUCUUGGCGAUACUUGGAACAGACUGGACUUUUUCAUCGUCAUGGCAGGGAUGGUGGAAUACUCCCUUGAUCUCCAGAACAUCAACUUCUCCGCCAUCAGAACAGUGCGUGUACUCAGACCUCUCAAAGCCAUCAACAGAGUACCCAGUAUGCGUAUCCUGGUGAACCUGCUGCUGGACACUCUACCCAUGCUGGGAAAUGUGCUUCUGCUCUGUUUCUUUGUCUUCUUCAUUUUUGGCAUCAUUGGCGUGCAGCUGUGGGCUGGACUAUUAAGAAAUCGCUGUUACCCAGAGGAGAACUUCACCCUCACAUCUGGCAUCACCCUCCCCGCCCCAUAUUAUCGGCCUGAGGAGGAUGACGAGCGGCCCUUCAUCUGCUCUCUUGCUCAGGAUAAUGGCAUCAUGUCCUGCAACGAUGUGCCCGCUCGGAGAGAGGGCGGACGGGAGUGCUGUCUAGAUAAAGAGGACGCGCUGCACCGUCAGGCCCUGGGUCUGAGUGCGGAGCCGUUGGUCAAUGGCAGUGCCUCUGCAGUGGGACUCUGUGUGAACUGGAACCAGUACUACACCCGCUGUCAUACAGGACACACCAACCCACAUAAAGGAGCGAUUAGUUUUGACAACAUAGGUUACGCAUGGAUCGUCAUAUUUCAGGUGAUCACGCUAGAGGGUUGGGUGGAGAUCAUGUACUACGUCAUGGACGCUCAUUCCUUCUACAACUUCAUCUACUUCAUAUUCCUCAUCAUCAUUGGAUCUUUCUUCAUGAUUAAUCUGUGCCUGGUGGUCAUCGCCACUCAGUUUUCAGAGACCAAACAGCGAGAGCACCAGCUGAUGCAAGAGCAACGUGCUCGCUACCUAUCCUCCAGCACGCUGGCUUCGCUCGUUGAGCCCGGAGACUGUUACGAGGAACUCUUCCAGCUGGUCUGCCACAUCCUACGCAAGGCCCGCCGUCGCUCAGCCGCCCUUUACUACAUGCUCCGUGGCAAAGCCCCUCCUCCUGGGGGAGGGAAGGGGCGUGGCAAAGGAGGUGCAGGAUCGACAGGGGGAGGAGCUAAUGUGAAUGGUGGAGAAAGACAUCACUGCCGUUCAGCUCAGAAACCUCACUGUAUUCACGAAACCAAGUUGGAGCACAGCUCCCAAACUCUAGAGAACGCCAUCUCCCUCUCCAUCACCCCAAACCCACAGGAGUGUCAACAGUGUGCUGCAGCCCUGUCACUCAAGGAGGGGGAGGGGUCGACAGGGCAUUCGCCCAAUAGGGAGGAAGUGGAGAGUGCGCUGGAGGAGACCGACAGGGAUGACAACCACUUGGAUGAGAGGGGGGACGAGGACUCCGAGGACUCCGAGGACACGCUGAAGAGUGAACGCACCUGUUUCGGGAAAUGUAAAGACAUCUGGGAUGAAAUAAGAGUGAAGCUUUGGGGUAUCGUUGAAAGCAAGUACUUCAACAGAGGGAUUAUGAUCGCCAUCCUCAUCAAUACAAUCAGCAUGGGCAUCGAGCACCAUAACCAGCCUGAUGAACUGACUGAUGUCCUGGAGAUUUGUAACAUAGUGUUUACCAGUAUGUUCACCCUGGAGAUGAUUCUCAAGCUCACUGCCUUUGGCUUCUUUUCAUAUCUGAGAAAUCCCUAUAACAUCUUUGAUGGCAUUAUUGUGAUCAUCAGUGUAUGCGAGAUCGUUGGGCAGUCUGACGGGGGUCUGUCCGUCCUGAGGACGUUCAGACUGUUGAGGGUCAUAAAGCUGGUGCGGUUCAUGCCAGCUCUGCGCAGACAGCUGGUGGUCCUGAUGAAGACCAUGGACAAUGUGGCCACCUUCUGCAUGUUACUAAUGCUCUUUAUCUUCAUAUUCAGUAUUCUGGGAAUGCACAUAUUCGGCUGUAAGUUCAGCCUGAAGACAGAGGCUGGGGACACGGUUCCUGACAGAAAAAACUUCGACUCCCUGCUUUGGGCUAUUGUCACGGUGUUUCAGAUCCUAACUCAAGAGGACUGGAACAUGGUUUUGUAUAAUGGCAUGGCCUCUACCUCCCCCCUGGCAGCCCUGUAUUUUGUGGCGCUCAUGACUUUUGGAAACUACGUUCUGUUCAAUCUGCUUGUGGCCAUCUUAGUUGAAGGAUUUCAGGCUGAGGGAGAUGCUAACCGUUCCUACUCGGAUGAUGACAGAUCCUCUUGUAACUUAGAGGAAACCGAGAAAAAGGACUCACUCCAGCUGUCAGAUCCCAAGAUUUCCACUUUGACCCCUAAUGGGCAUCUGGAUUUGGCACCUGCACCCAACGCCAGAGGCUUGUACCCAUCUGAAAGGCAGAGCUUUUCCUUGGGUUCCCGCAAGAGCAGUGUGAGUUCUCUGGGCAGGGCUAGCCUGGAGCAGACGACGCUGUGUCCGGGACGAGGCUCUCUGUACCACAAUUGGGGACGGCCUGCACGACCCGGUAUAUGGAGUCGCAGGUCGAGUUGGAACAGCUUGGGUCGAUCCUCUAGAUGCCUGGGGAUGGGGGGUGGAGGUAGUUUACGGGUUCGUAGCCCUCACUCUCGUCCCGCUGAGCAGGAGUCCCUGUUGUCUCCUCCACCCCCUCCUCUGCAUCCGCCUCUACUGUCUAGACACUUCGUCCCGCGCAGAGAACGACGGGCUCUCUCUUUGGAGCUUCCGGAGCUGCUGCAGGUACCCGGACCAGCCCUGCCUCCUCUGCACCCCCGGCAACGCAAGAAGAGCUUCUCUGGGGGUCUGGGAAGCGUUGGAGAGCACCAGGACUGUAAUGGAAAGACACCAUCAGUCCAACCACAAAUCAUCAAUGAAGUCUACCCUCAGGUCAAUACACGCAAGGAUAGGGAGGAUCUGGACGAUGAGCUAGAUUAUAGUUUAUGUUUCCGGAUCCAGAAGAUGAUGGAGGUGUACAGACCAGACUGGUGUGAGACCAGAGACGACUGGUCCGUCUUCCUCUUCUCUCCUCAAAACAAAUUCAGGUUGUUGUGCCAGUCCAUCAUAGCCCAUAAGCUGUUUGACUAUGUGGUGCUGGCCUUCAUCUUCUCAAACUGCAUCACUGUGGCUCUAGAGAGACCCAAGAUUCUUCAGGGUAGCCUGGAGAGGCUUUUCCUUACCGUGUCCAAUUACAUUUUCACUGCCAUAUUUGUGGGGGAGAUGACUCUCAAGGUGGUGUCUAUGGGUUUGUAUAUUGGAGAGCAGGCAUACUUGCGCAGCAGCUGGAACGUUUUGGAUGGUUUCCUGGUGUUCGUAUCUUUGAUUGACAUUGUUGUGUCAAUGGCGGGUGGGGCUAAGAUCCUGGGAGUGCUCAGGGUUCUCAGGCUUCUGCGCACACUGCGUCCCCUCAGGGUUAUCAGUCGAGCUCCUGGCCUCAAACUGGUUGUGGAGACUUUGAUCACUUCUCUGAAACCUAUAGGAAACAUAGUUCUCAUCUGCUGUGCCUUUUUUAUCAUCUUUGGUAUCCUGGGAGUCCAGCUUUUCAAAGGCAAGUUCUACUACUGCUUGGGCCUGGAUGUCAAGAACAUCACCAACAGGUCUGACUGCAUCUCGGCCAAUUACAAGUGGGUCCAUCACAAGUACAACUUUGACAACUUGGGGCAGGCUCUGAUGUCCCUGUUUGUGCUGGCAUCGAAGGACGGCUGGGUCAAUAUCAUGUAUCAUGGUCUGGAUGCAGUGGCAGUGGACCAGCAGCCCAUAACCAAUAACAACCCCUGGAUGCUGCUGUACUUCAUCUCCUUCCUCCUGAUUGUCAGUUUCUUCGUGCUGAACAUGUUUGUUGGAGUAGUGGUGGAGAACUUCCACAAGUGCCGACAGAACCAGGAGGUGGAAGAGGCCAAGAGGAGAGAGGAGAAGAGACUGAGACGCAUGGAGAAAAAGAGACGGAAGGCCCAGAAGUUGCCCUAUUAUGCCAGUUACAGUCAUGUGCGACUGAUGAUCCACACUCUGUGCACCAGUCACUACCUGGACAUCUUCAUCACCUUCAUCAUCUGUGUGAAUGUUGUGACUAUGUCACUGGAGCACUACAGCCAGCCUCAUUCUCUGGAGAUCACUCUCAAGUACUGUAAUUAUUUCUUCACCAGCACCUUUGUGCUGGAGGCUGUCCUGAAGCUCAUCGCGUUUGGCUUCCGACGUUUCUUCAAAGACAGGUGGAACCAGCUGGAUUUAGCUAUAGUGCUGCUGUCAAUUAUGGGCAUCAUACUGGAGGAGAUUGAAAUCAGUGCUGCUCUGCCCAUCAACCCCACCAUCAUACGCAUUAUGAGGGUCCUACGCAUCGCACGUGUGCUAAAGCUGUUAAAGAUGGCCACGGGAAUGAGAGCGCUGCUGGAUACGGUAGUCCAAGCCCUGCCACAGGUGGGGAACCUUGGCCUCCUCUUCAUGCUGCUGUUCUUCAUUUAUGCUGCACUGGGGGUGGAAUUGUUUGGAGAGCUGGUGUGCAACCAGGACUACCCAUGUGAGGGCAUGAGUCGUCACGCCACCUUUGAGAACUUCGGCAUGGCGUUCCUCACCCUAUUUCAGGUCUCCACUGGUGAUAACUGGAACGGCAUAAUGAAGGACACUCUUCGAGAAUGCCCGCAGGGUGAAUACACCUGUAAUCCCAGCCUGCAGUUCAUCUCUCCUAUGUACUUUGUGAGCUUUGUGCUUACGGCCCAGUUUGUGCUCAUCAAUGUGGUUGUGGCGGUACUGAUGAAACACCUGGAUGACUCUAACAAAGAAGCCCAGGAGGAGGCAGAGAUGGAUGCAGAGAUAGAGAUGGAGCUGGCCCAGGGAGCGCUCUGCUGCAUCUUAGGAGGGGUGGCUGGAGCCGAUAAGAGCGGUGGGGGGCAUCAGGGGGCUGGUCCCAGCUCUACUGCUCUACCUUACUCCCACGAGCCCAACACCGGCAGGAAACACAACUCACCGGCCCAGGAGAACUUGUGGCUGGACAGUGUAUCUCUGCUGAUCAAAGAUUCAUUUGAAGGAGAGAUGCUGAUGAUUGACAACCUCUCUGGUUCUGUCUUCCAUCAUUACUCCUCUCCACCCGUCUGCAAAGACUGCAGGACUCAUCCGCAAGAGCAGAUCCAUAUGGCUGAACUGGAGCAGGCGUCUCUGAGGUCGGAGCAGCUUUCAGAUAAGUCAUCCUCACCAGCACUGCCUGAUGACCUCAGCCUGGAUGAGCAGAGCGUGUACCAGAUGACUGCCAAGGAGGGCAAGGAAAGGGGCUGUGAUGAAUGUCUAACCUCAGAAGAACCAGGGGGGAGAGGUCACAGCAGGUUACGGCGACCCUCUCGGGUUCACAGCUCCGGGGCAGAGGAUGGGGCAGAAACGCAUGGAGGCGGUUCUCGAAGUCCACAUCACAACACACCUGCUCGUCAUAGCAUAGGUGGAGUUCCAUGUAGCAGCAGUAAUCAAGAGUACCCAGAGGUUUCUGAAGGUUCAAGUCGCUCUAACACUCUUAUUCAUCUCCCAGCUGAAUUCUUCCACCCAGCUGCACCCUCAAGAGGCCAACAGGGACACAAACCAAGAGGGCUCCGUCUAACUUCCCCAGCCUCAUGGGCAUCUCUACGCUCUCCUGGAGCAAACACCAGGCUGCUCACCACACAGUAUCCAUCUCACAGUGACUCUUCCUUGGCUACGGGCAGCUCAGAGAGCAGUCUACCGACCACCAUGGAAGAAGGGCUCAGUUUCAUCUUAUCCACCCCCCAGCCCCUGCUGGACACCCUCCUCGACGAGCGCGCUAGUUUCUCCACAGAGACCCUGAGACCCAGUCCUCCAGCCGCCCAGAACCUCCAACCAACGAGGGGGCACCAGCGCAGCAAGAGCAACUGUGAAAAGAACAUCCGUGCAGGGAGCACUCAGCAAGGCUCUGAUGGGGAUGUGGGGAUGCUACGGUGCGGCUUUAACCAGACAUGUGACAGCCAGCAGCUCUCGGAGUCGCCGAGCAGCCUGUCGCUCACGUCACUGCUUCUGCCGAGCUCUCUAGCGCCCCCAUCUGUGAAAAAGUGCAACAGCACGGGCAGCUUAGACCAGGGAGCUCUCACAACCCAAGAAAAUUUGUUUUUAAAAGAGCCACUGGGUAAUAUCACAAGCCCCUGGAAAGAAAGGAAGGAAGGAGGAAGAGAGAGGCAGUUGGAGGCAGCACAUGGAAAAGACGUGGAAAGUACAAGCCAAAUAACAAUCUUGGGCUCUAGAAAAAAUAGAUGAAACUCUACCUAGAGUUAGUCAUUUCUGAAGCCCACUACUAGAUCUCUGUUUUUUUUUCAGGGAGCAGUUUGACAUGUGGCAUUCCAUCUCAAAGUCUUUCUCUCUCUAACUCCCUGUUUUCAUUUGUGACCUGUUACCAUUUUGUAUUUGCUUGUGGUAAUCGUCCGACAGGACUGUUGAGAAACUGGAUGGAGAGACUUGAGAGAAGCAGUUUGGCCCCUCAGUGCAUGACUAGAGAGAAAGUUCAAUCAGCUGCCUGAAGGAUCAGGUCAGGAAACAACGUACUGUACACGUAGAGCUUUCCAAAUGCUGGAAUGCUAGGAGUUUUCUUCAAAUACAGUAGUAUAUAUAGAGAAACUGAAAAGAUACUGUAAAGGAGAUUUCUUCUCUAAAAGAGGGUAUGCUGUGUUUAAAGAUUUAAUGCAGUUAAGUAUACACUUUCAGUAUACAUACUUUUUACAGGUUAUCUGUUCAUUUAUCAUUCUGUUUGUUUGUUUCUGUCUGUAUUCUAUAUAUUUAAGGAUAUCGACAAUUGUUCCACCGUCAGCCUGAAGCAAAGCUUUCGUUUUAGAGAGGGACCAAACUAAAUGAAAGGAAGUCAGACUGUCUGUCAAUCUGUCUGUCAUUUUUUUUUUUUUUUUUUUUUUUUUGUUAUUAAAAUUUGUUUCAAUUAUUGUUUGUAUAUUUAUUUAAAGGGCAAAUAUAGAAAUAUGUAAUCUCCUACCUUUUGCAUUAGGAGAUGAAAAAUAUAUGGACACAAGGACAAAGAACAGCCCUCUGCAUGACGGAGUCUCUUUACAAAGAAGUUCAAUGUAACUAUUACUGAAGAUGUCAAUGCUGGAUGAAAGGAGUGAGGUUUUUACUCAGAUAUUUUUUUAUUGAUAUGCUCUGGAUCAAGGAAUAGGUGACUCGCAUUGUUGUGGUCACUUUUGUCCUCCCCACAACCCAAAAACAUUUCUCUAUGUGACUUUAUUCUCUGCAAGUGGCUUCCAUUUUUAUAAUUUUGGUUAGGUGGAGGGGACUCUUUGUAUGCUGGGGUGAAAAGAUCCAAGCAAACAAAAAAAGAUAAGAAAAAUGGGGGGGAAGGAUUUUAGACUGGAUUACCUGAACUCUUGGAUGUUUUGGAGGUUGAAUACAGCCAGACGCAAAGGAUGAUGAACAGGCCAUGGGAUUUCAAUGGUUCUUCAAGAGCCUCUGCUUUAUUUUGGUCCUUGGAUGGCAUGUCAGAUGAAGAAAACACAAUACGGUGAUUUUUAGCUUUCAUUUUGACAAAACUAGGUUGAUUGGAUUUGCAACUGAAUCAAUUAUUUAUACAUGAAUUUUCUUUAGCAUGGUUACUGGACUGCAGUAGAGCACCUCUUAUUUAUUAUUCCUCUUUAAAAAAAAUUGCACUUGUUUGCUCUUUAUUUCAUCUAGCUUAUAGACUUCGUCACUGUAUUCAUGUGUAAAUGGAGCAACUGUAGGUUUGACACUCCAAAUAUCUUAGUUUAGUCUGCCGUAGUGUUUUGCACCCCUGGUGAGUUUUCUUUUAUAAUAUUCAUGUGAAUAUCACAAUUAGACUUGACCUGUUGAUGAACUUCAUUGACACUUGAUUCGUAGUGACUGUCCAUCCAUGAAGUCGGGGUCUCUGUACAUUACAUCAGUUGUGUUGUGGUUUAGUCAGGACCCAAGCAAGGGAUUGUCAUUUUAAUCUUGCCAAUUCCAUUCAUGAAGCCACCAUUUUGAAAUAAGAAACACUGAAGCAUUAAAGUUUAAUCCACAAAACACAAUAACAAAGGGCUUACUUGGUUUCCAAGGUGUUCUUGGAUCUCACAAGACAAUUUUUGCUAAUAGUGUGCAAGACUUCAAAUGUUAGUCUGACACUACAGCAAUAAACAGUAGCUUUGUGUGCCCCAAGUAAACAAAAUGAUGUCAAUGUCUUUUUUUUUUUUUAAGUAGAGUAUUAACCCUUGUUUACUAGCCUAAGUAACAAUACCUGCACGACGUGAGGGCUGAUCACAUUACAUAACCAUUCGAUCGUUGAGAAUAGAUGGACUGCCAAUGGUUCAGAUGAACAUAUGAAGUCAUUUCGAACUCAGGACCUUGGAAAAUACCACUACUGAACGCUCUGUUUCCUCAGGGAGACAGAUAGCUGGGAAAAAAAGAGGGCUGUAUGUUAAAUGUUAAUGUUCAUUUGAUUUGACUUUGCAUUUAAUGCUCUAAUAAGCUUGCGUCAGUGCAUCACCAUUAUAGCAGAACACGAGCGAUGACAAGUGUAGUAAGAGUAACAGGUAGACCAAGAGUUAAUGUAUUGCCAUUGUUGUAUAGUUUAAAAGUGUAUGUAGCUUAAAGAAAAAUCUGACAAUGCAUUGAAGGACAAAUGCAAAUAUUAAGUUUUUGAAAAGUGUAUGUGUGUGUGAUGUUAAAUGGUCUAGAGUGAUGGGUGAGAUUUUAUACGAAACUCAAUGCGUCUUGUCACUGGGUUGAACAUGUGUGCAUAUCCUUUUAUAUAUCGAAUUGCAUGUGUGCUAUGACCAAUGAUACAUGCAUUUUAGAAUGGUUGAGGCUUGUAGGUUUUAUAAUUUUUCUCACCCACCCUGAGGUCUUCCUGAAUCUGUAUUAAUGUAAAACAUAAUUUCCCUUUGUUUUAUUAAUGAGACUACAAUUUCUCAUUAGACUUCUGUGGUCAUGUGUAGUUUGGCCUCAAACUGUCCUCUGUGCUACUGUAGCUUAGAUCCCUUAUUGAACAGUUAGUUCUUGAAUCUGAUUGGCUGUGCGGAGUGCUGAUAUUUCAGUGUUUGUAUGAUUUCGCUUGUCUGCGUUUGCGACGUUCCAGACCAGAGUAUGUGAGCGGUGUAGACUGAAAGUGGGAUUGUUUUGUUUUGAGAGCGUCUGAGACCAAAAUUGAGUGCCAGAAGCUGGAUUUCUCUCAACGGAGAAAUGCAAAACAAAA